AACGAAAAGCGAACGGAUAUCAGCGAAAAAAUCGAACCGAAAUAAAAGCCUUGCCUUACCGGAUACUUUACUGGCCCAUUGGAAUUCAAAUACCAUACCAUUGUUGCUUGUAAUCAAAGCGAGCACUAUCGCACUAUUUGCGAAUUGCAAAAGCGGCGCAAAAUUAAUUGGCUUGGCGCAUGUUACGGGCCAUUCAGUUGUCCAACGAUCGUCGCCGCGAAUCACAUACAAAAGCGCACUCAACCCGAUCCGAACCAAGCUCGGGGGCGUGAGAAUCGAACAACAGUGUCUACAGAAUGUAUCCGCCCAGCAUCAAGAAUUUUCCCUCCCUCAAGACGGCCGUUGUAUGGGCCAGUGUUCUCGGAGUGUUGCAGUCCAUCAUCUGGAUAGGAUUGACCAUCACAGCAAUAUGCGCCUACAACUGUGUCCUCUAUAUAACUGAUGACUUCAACUUUGGCACCAUGAUCAAGACGGUCUUCUUCGAUUUGUACUUCAAGGGGAGCUGUAAAAUGAGUACUGCCGACUAUCAGAACUACGAUUAUGGCAUUCUGAAGACGGUCGAAACCGUAUUCGAUCCAUCGCAGGUAUUAAUUUGGGACUGCUUCUACCUGGGCUUAUCCGUCUGCUGGCUCAUCGUUUCGAUUGUGCUCUUACUAUGUGUACGCAAAGAUAAUGCCAAACUAUCCCUGAUCGCCAUCGCACACUGGGCCUUCUUUGUGGCCGUCAUCUGCUGCAUGGAUGUGGCCUCUGGCGUGAUCUUUGGCAUUGACUACGGCCGCUUCCAGGCGACAGCCCUGACCUACAAUGCCAACACCAUCAACGCUGAGCCCGUCCUGCCAAUGGCAUCCACCCUGAUGGCCGGCGGUGUGGCGGCCAUUUCGAUGAUGAUCAUAUCCUUCAAGGGUUUCAUUCUGUGGUUCAUCAACGUUGGACUGCUCAUCUACCUCUCGAUGCGAGCCACGCGCAUUGUCACUGAUAAGGAUAGUGAGGAUACUUUGUUCAAUCCCCGCAAGGAUUCCAAUGAUAUUCUGACCACCCGGACCCCCAUUCGUGCCUACGAAGAAGAAAAAGUAGAAUUUCAGGCCUACAACAAUGCAGGUUACAUGCCGGAUAAUCGAUCAUCGGCCGAAACCAUUGAGGUGAACGAGCAGGCAAUCGUUCGAGCGGCUCAUAUGUCGCUCGAUGCCAAUCUUAUGGAUCGCCGGUUCCGCGACAUCAAUGCCUUCCAACAGUACCCAGCUCCGAAUCCGCAGGACAGCCGUCCUCUGCGACAGACUUCGCUAGUGCCCAGGCAGGAGACUGUGGUUGUGGCCACGUCCGGCUUCCCCAUGCCGGACUACACCCCACAGCCGAGUCCGAGUGGCAUUCUGCGUCAUCCCCAGUAUUAGGCGGAGCGAGCGGCGCCAACACCAAGAAAACAAAGUACCCAAAAGCUAACUUGCAUAAUAUAAUUCUCAAAUAAUAGCAUACCCCCUAAAAGCCGCCCUAGUAUGAGUAGUGCCCGCAAAUGAAAUGAAAGAAAAUCCGCUAAAAUUUAGUUAAAAUUUGAAUCAGUAUGUUUUGUGCAUGUUAUUUUUUUUUAUUUUUUAUUUAUUUGCCUCCUAAUAACAAUAUAAGUGUGCAGUUGUAAAUACAUACAUAUAUAAUAUACAAUGAAGUGUUAUAUA